AAAUCUUUCUGGCAGCCUUCCUCUGCAUAACUAUCUCCACCCCUCUCUGCAAAGCAAUGGCGAAGGCGAGGAAGAAGAAGAGGACGCACGUCCGUAGUGAUGAUGAUCCUGGGAAACCUGGGCAGGGCAACCGCCGCCCGAAGAGCAUGGUAAUUCGAAUGGGCGCUGGCGACAUUGGCCCCAGCGUAACACAACUGGCCAGAGAUUUUCGGACAGUAAUGGAACCAGAUACUGCGAGCAGACUGAAGGAACGACGGGCCAACAAGUUGAAAGACUACACUGCGAUGGCAGGCCCUCUAGGUGUAACGCACCUCUUCCUGUUCUCCCGCUCAAAGACCGGAAAUGUACACCUUCGAGUCGCACUGGCCCCUCGAGGACCGACACUCACAUUCAGACUCGAACGAUACGCUUUAUGCAAGGAUAUAGCGAAGGCCCAAAAACAUCCGCGAGGAGGAGGAAACGAGUACCUGAACGCGCCGUUGCUUGUCAUGAACAACUUUGUGACGCAAAACUCGGGCGAUGCGAAUGCAGACCCUAUCAAGAAGCAACUUGAGUCGUUGACCACCACGGUCUUCCAGUCAAUGUUUCCUCCCAUAAAUCCCCAGACAACAACACUCAACUCAAUAAAACGGAUCCUGCUUCUCAACCGCGAAACGCAAGCGGACGGUACCUAUAUCGUCAGCCUGCGCCAUUACGCUAUCACUACGCGCCGAACAGGCGUCUCAAAAAGAGUCCGCAGAUUCGACCCGAGCGAGCAGCGACAUCGAGAGAAGAAGACGGGCGCACUCCCCAACCUAGGCAAACUCGAUGAUGUGGCCGACUACAUCCUAGAUCCCGCUGCAGGAGGCUAUACUUCCGCAAGCGAGACAGAACUUGACACCGAUGCGGAAGUCGAGGUGACACAAACCACAACACAAAGAGUCUUGAGCAGACGGGACCAGCAAAGACAACAGGAUGGCGAGAAAGGGAGCAAAAAAGAAACAGACGAAAGCUCCAAUGUUGAAAAGCGCGCGGUCAAACUCGUAGAGCUCGGGCCACGCAUGCGGAUGCGUCUUGUAAAAGUUGAGGAAGGCGUUUGUGAAGGCCGUGUGAUGUGGAAUGAGUUUGUGACAAAGACCAAGGCCGAAGAGAAAGAGCUGGAACAGAAAUGGGACCAGAGACGCAAGGAGAAAGAAGCAAGGAAACAAGAGCAAAAGGCGAAUGUCGAGCGGAAAAAGCAGCUGAAGAAGAAUACGAAAGCCAACGCAGGCCAGGAUGGUGAAGAGGAAGAGGAUGAUGACGAGGUAGAGUAUGAUAGUGAUGACCUAGACGCUUGGGACGAUCUGGACGAUGCCGAUGAUGUGGACGCCACAGGCAACGGAGAGGCAGACCAGGACGAAGAGGAUGAAGACAUGGAUGAUUGAGGCAUUGAAACCAGCCGAGCACUGUUAUAGGCACUGCUUCCUGGCGGAGAAAGACAAAGUGGGGGACCAGGACUUGUGACCACGCAUCCGAUGCUGGAUGGAUCUAACAAUUGUUGGCCAUUGACCAGGUUUCGUCAAUGUGAAAACCCACCCUAUUCGGGUCGCAAGCUAUUAACGUUGAAAAAGCCAUAGAUAGCUCGACCCAACAGAGGUCCAGCUGCGAUUCGACGAGUCGCUGUGCCUGCGAG